CGGUUGUUAUGUUCACGUGAAUUUAAAGAAUUCAGUGUACCAGAUUUGGGUCAAAGUUAACUCGCAAAAGGCUUACUGGCCUGCCCUUGGAAUUCAAAAACGCAUACAGAGCUUUUCUACACUUUUUGGUUUGAAACUGACACGGAUAUAAAAAUUGCUGUCUGCUUGUUUAUUUGCAAAGAAACGACCUGACCAGAAAUUGACAGAAAGAAGACAUCAGAUGACGGCAAAAGUAUUCUUUAAAAAAAAUCAAACAAUGACAUCAAUUACAGCAGCCUUUAUUAAAAAGAAUUUAUUUCUUGAAGAGUGCUAAUAAUACACAAUUGCAAAACGUUUGUCAAAACAGUAUUUGCUUGGAUAAUCCUAGUUGAACCAUUGUUGCAAAACUGCCUGGUCCCCCACAUUCUUCCACUUUUGGCUGCAGUUUCCUUGCUGCUUUCCAUGGUUACCGCAAUUUUGCCAAACGAACAGCCCAAUGGUCUGGUUACAAAAGCUGACUAGGCUAGAUAAACCAUAUUGUAUAUCAGUGAUAUUGGUUACUAAUGUUAACAGUUACCGUCAAACUUGCUCAAUCUGCCUCGAGCAGAAGCACCCCCUCAUUGGUUGAAAAGAGCCAUGUUGGUCAGGAGUGUUCAUUUUGUUGGUAGCGAUGGGACCGUAACACGUAGAUUUCCUAGUUGUUUGUGGAAGAGUGGAGGUGAAUUCAGACCAAAGGAGCCUCUGCUGCUAAGGAAAUUGUGUCCUCCAAUUCGAGGCUCAUGAGGUCAGAAUGUGAUUUGUUUGUGUGUCAAACACAUACAAAGUACCUGAAGGUCUGCCUUUUGCAUGAUGAUUUCACUUGAGCAAGCUGUUCAUUUUAAAUGACCAACAGACAAAUGUUGUCCAUUUAAUCAUAAUUAAAAUAAACUAAAUGUUAUGAAACACCGUCAUAAAUUCAUACACAAAAACACCCCCGUGAAACCCAGUUGCCUAUACAAAACAAAUAUUACAUACAGCUGAAGAUUACUGACAGAAUGCAUCACAAUGUGGUCAGACUAUUGUGCCAAUAAACUGACUACAGAUGGACUGAAUAUUAAAAGAUCUUGUCUUGCACCAUGUCUGGUCACUGAGCGACACAUGUAUACUUUCUUGAUAAGGGAAAUUGAAAGCUGAUGUAUUACAGUCAUUAAAAAUGUAUCUUCCUGUUUUGCCAAGACAGAAAAUAAAGACCAACUGUACAGGAGAUUAUUUGGGUUGUUGUCUUAUUAACUACCUUGCUCUAGCAAGAAUUUUUAGCUGGCCAAGCCCAACAUUGUUUUGUCUGACAUAUCUGACAUGUCAAAAGUCCAUUAUGCUUGCACUGCAGACUGGCUCUGACUAAAGACAGUUCCUCCGCAAGCAGAGAGGAGACAGGCUGCUGGGUAUAAAUUUCAGCUUGACACACAGCGCAUGUGCAAAUUAAGACUGUACAUUUCAACAAAAACUGGUUGUGUGUGCAUGUGUCCUGCGCCAAAGGCAAAGGAACCUGUGCAGGUACACAGCAUAUGAGAGAAUUGCAUUCCAGUGCAAACAACAAAGCCAUUUGCUCCUGCAUAGCAUGAAUGAUGCACAACUGGCAUGCAGAGUGACACUGGAGAUGUUGCCCAUUAUGCCCAGGAGGCGGGGCUUUACCUGAUUGGACUGAAUGGCCUACUACAUGAGAACGAAUAUGCAGCUAAAUAUAGUGAUACAUCACUCCACAGGGACCAUAGCAAUGAUCAUAUAUUCAGUCACUAUCCAACAAGCCUACUUGAAUGAUGUUGCUUUAUUUACAUAACCAAUAUCUGCAAGGUGCUAAUAUAAAGUUCUCUUCUUUAUUCUGCAUGUGUUUUUCCUUGAAAAUAGUUCAAUCAAAUGUCAACUUCUUCAAAUUAAGUUCCUGAAAGAAAUUGUUAUUGCAUUCACAUAAGUGGAUCAAACCAGGUCUAUAUAUCUGUUGAUGAACCACUUGAUAAUGCCUUGUAACACCAAUGCAAAGACACACUUUUUUUGUUAAAUGUUCCACUAUACAUGUAGCUUACUGCAUAAAUAAUCAUGCAUCUUUAUGUGGUUUUAUCAUUUUUCUCUACAGCAAACCUACAUAUACUGCAUAAUAUUGUAUUGUGGUUAACCUCCCAAUAACCUUUUGGCAGUGGGCUGAUUUGCCAAGUGCUCGUACAUUCAUGAACCUACACUGGUCGACAUGCAGUUCAAAGGCCACAUGGCACCUAGCAUAAAAAUGAGUGAUAAAAAUAGACCCGGGGAUUCACAGACGCGCAAAACAUAUACUGCUUCCGCAUUUGUAAGUUGAGGAUUGCAUCUACUGCACCCAAAGGAAUCACAGGGGAGUGUUCUACAACUCUCUUUGAAUGUGAAGAAUCACUAAUAAUAUAGUUUCCUAAUUUUUCUUGUUCUUUAAUUGCAAAGAGAGGCACACAUCUGAAAGAUGGCAGCCGGUAUGACAGUAGAGUCAGUUUUGGGUUCCAUCAUCCAGGGACACCUAGAAUGUUCCAUCUGCCACACCCGUUACCAAGAGCCCAAGAUGCUGCUCUGCUCACACAGUUUCUGUCUAAGAUGUCUCCAAGAACUCAAGCAAACACAGAGUCCAAACACCAACAAACUCAUAUGCCCUCUGUGCCAGAGAGACACCACCUUGCCCAAGGGCGGCAUGAUGAAACUGAGCACCAACUACGCUCUGGUUGCUCUCAUGGCAGACGUGACUAAACAGGAGCAGCUCUUGCAAAACGAAGAGGCUCAGGUAAUGUGUCAGGCAUGCGAAGAGGACAAGGAAGCGAUAUCCCGCUGUAUGGACUGUGAGAAUUAUCUCUGCCAAGAAUGUGAGAAAGCUCACCAGCGCUGGGCUGCACUGCGAACCCACAAAUUAACAUCACUUGCAGAUCUGAACAAAGAUUCAUCAAUCCAACCCGUUUCAACCAAAAGCUACAUCUCUAAGUGUGACAGCCAUCCUAGUCAGGAACUCUGCUUCUACUGCAACACCUGCGAGCAGCUGAUCUGCAAAGUUUGUUCCACAUCCAGCCACAAAGAACCUGUACACAGCUUUGUCAACUUCAAGACUGCGAUAGACAUUUGCUUGUACGGUGCCCGUGAACUGGUCUCCAAUGUUGUCAAAUAUAACUCCACCAAUGCCGCCAUUCAAAUUCCAACAAACUGGGAGUCCUCUCGCAACAGAUUGAGCAUAAUGCUGGCUCGAACCAAACAGCAGAUUUCUCAAAAGGCUGAGAUGGAGGUGGCCCAGAUCAGACAGAAGGAGACCCAGCUUCUCCAACAGGCACAUGUGGCAUUCAGACGAAAGGACAAGAAACUUGCCGAGAUGAUAUUUGCAGAGCACACAAUGGGAAGAGUGCAGAGUGACAUGACUGAGACUAAUCGGUUGGACAUCUUGAAACUGCGGCAAAAGCUUCUGCAUGACUACAAGGAUGUCAUCAAGGAACUCAGUGACGACUUGUCCCCGGAGCUCUCCUUCAUCAGCUUUGCAGAGAAUCAGACAGAGAUUGAGCUUGGAAAUCUGCUGCUCAAAGAAAAGUGGACAGUGAUGAGUAACACUAAUAUCACUGGAGAACUGAUUGCGUCACUCUCCACAAAUGACACAGUGGUGGUCAACGAAGGCCAACAGAAGCUGACAAAGCUGAGUCCAGAUUGCAAGAUCCUUCACAUCUGCCCAAUCAGCCAACUGCAGGGUGAGGAUCCCAGUGCCGUAAAGCUUUCUGUUAAUUUUGAAGUCAACAAAGACAACCAGUUCAUCAUUCUGUUUGAGUCUGAUGUCAAGAUCUUCAACAAGGAAUACCAGCUUCUCCACCAGUUCUCACCAGGCAAAGAGGCAGAUAUCGAAGGCACUCCCACAUGUCUUGCUGUGGAUGACAACAAUCUGAUAGCAGUGGGCUACAAGGACAAGGAGUUUAUAUCUCUUCACAACUCAGAUGGAUCUUUCAUUAGGACACUGCCUGCUCCAGCGAUCGAGAGCUACAUGACCAUCAGCAAUCGGUGUAUCAUUUACACCAAUGCUUCCACCAAACAACUCACAUCAGUUGAUUAUGAGGGCAAUAAGAGAUUCGUGGUGCAAACUUAUCAAGGGCAAGUCCCGCAUGGGGUGUGCUGUGACAGAGCUGGGGAUAUCUACAUCAUCACUUCAUCUAAUCAAGUCAAACACUUCAGUGCAGAGGGCAAGUACAUUGAAAUUCUAGUCAGUGAUUUGGACAGCCAUCUCGACGUCAAGUUCACCCCUGGAGGUCAACUGGCUAUGACUGGUCAAUCAACCAGAAUAUAUCGCAGAGUUUAAAACUAAAGCAAUGAUGGAAAACUUCCAACAAAUAAUAUGAUUCUCAUACUUGUCUGCUGUGCAAGUAUGAAAGAAAUUUUGUGAUAUUUGUAUCAAAAUUCAUUCACAAUUCAAAAAUAAAGCUUGAAAAACCAUGAUGAUCAGAGAAAUUAUUAAAUUUUUGUUAAGUGCUGAUGAGCUAUAGGCAAAAAUAGUCUGAUCUAGUUCCAAGAAAACAGAGAAAUGAACAUGCUUAAUCUUAUUCAAGUUGAUGCUAAAGCACUAU